AUGGGGCGGAAACCUCUACCAACCGAGAAAGGUCUGGACCAAAUAAUAAACGUACCAGAUAGCCAGCAGCAGCUACUGGAUUUGCCUGUGGACCCACGCGAUAGCUGGCUUCUGUUUGUGGAGCACUCAGAGAAGGGAGUCAAUGAAAGGAAGAGGAACAAAGGAAGAGCAUGUAAAACACAGCAUGGUCUUCCAGGUCCACCAGGCCCCCCUGGACCUCAGGGACCUCCAGGGGCUGUUGUCACACAUGAAGUGCUCCUGAAAGAAUUCAAAGAGAUGCUAAAAGAAGUGGUUGAAGAAAGAAAUAGGAUUGCUUUGCAGGAAAAGUGCCAGGAAUGUCCAGGGAUUCAGGACAGUCUUGCCUAUCAUCCCCUGUUACCCAGGGAGAUGGGACAAUAUCACAGGCUGGAAGCAGCCUUUCACUGCAAGCUAAAGGAUGACCUUGUGAUGAGCAGAAAAAGUCUGAGGGAGCUGCAGAACUUUCAUAUCCCUGAGAAGGACGGUAUGUUUCUGCGAGGAAUUGGCCUGAAUCUGACCAGCGGCCAGUACGUGGCCCCAGUGGCCGGGUUUUAUCAGUUCUCCGCCAACCUCCAUAUCGAACACAGAGAGCAUCAAAGAAGAAGGCACAAUAGGCCUCAAGAUAAUAUCCGAAUUCUCAUCUGCAUUGAAUCUCUAUGUCAGCACAAUGUGUCCCUGGAAACUGUCAAUGGCCUGGGUAGCAACAGUCAUAUAUUUACCGUAUUUGUCAGUGGCGCCCUCUAUCUGCAGGCCAUGCAGUACAUCUCCAUCUUUGCUGACAACAGAUCGGGUUCCACCAUUACCAUUCAAAGUGGCUCGGAUUUCACAGGGAUCUUGCUUGGCACGUAG